AUGCGAGAGCACGAAGACGCCAUGCGUGCACGACCGAACGAACCUCGAAGAGAUUUGGGCGCCAACGAGGAGUACGACUUGGCGCUUUCCCACCGCGACCGCAAGCGUUUGGAGAAACAGCAAAAAUACACGCGCGAACAACGCAUGGCAGUGGCACCCGAAGACGACGCCGAAGGACGACGCGAAAUAGGUGGCAAAAUUAUGUCUAACAGAGGUUUAACUCCGCACAGAUCGAAGGAUAUGAAGAACCCGAGAGUGAGAUUAAAGAACAAGUUUGCCAAGGCGGUGGUGAGAAGAAAAGGCACGGUGAGAGACAUGAAAGUUGGAGCGACAACCUACGGCGGCGAAGAGACUGGCGUCAAAACGUCCGUCAUCAAAUCGAGAAAGCUUUAA